CUGAGGUCCUGCAGCUGCUGGCCUGGGUGCCCCAUGGGAAGGGUCUCGCCAGUCCUUGUCUUUCAGCCUUUUGAAGGGCUCUAAUUAAGCAAUUGCUUAGAUUAGGAUGUGGGCUUGAAGCCAGGCACUUCUCCCAGGGAAGAGCAAAUGGUACUUCAGAUUCAUCACCCAAAUUCAGCAUUUUCCUAUUUCUUUUUGCAGUACACAAGAGGGAGGGCUUUGGCUGGUAUUUUCCCCAUAAUGUUUUCUUUCACCAAAAUAUAUUUUAUUUUUUUGAAAGAGGAGAUGCAGUUCUGAGCAUCCAAGUGCCUCUAUUGUCUCAAAGGUUUGGCUGAGGCCAGACCACAGGAGCUGAGCAACCCAGGGGCAGCAAGCUUCGCACCCUUCCCUAAAUCACCUUGAAUCAGGGCUAAACACAGUUUCUGUGGACAGACGUAGUGGGCAGUGUCUCACUAAAGGCUGAGGUGACCUAAGAGGGGAUUUUAAAUUACUGGGAGAUGACGGAGCUUUUGGGCCGAAAUGGCAUCUCAGCUGUCCCCGUGUACAGGAUCACUGGAAGUCUGCAUAGGAGGGGAUGCUGCUGGGAAGCAAAUUAUUACGGAUUCAGUACAAUUUUUGUGUACAAGAGAGAGAUGGGGAGAGGGAGAAUCUGGGGAUACACUCACGGUAAAGACCUGGUCAGGCUUCUCUAAUCCCAAAGCAAACCUCCUCCUGUAGCUUUGGAGAGGGAUAUUGAUGAGGGGUGAGGUAAGGUCCUUUUGUUUUCAUGUAAAUCUACCUCUCCCUCUUCCCCCCAUCCAUCUUUAUUUUCCAGAUAUUUUCCUCCCCUGCUCCCAAGAUCCUCCUCCUGAGCGGCCACCAUGGGAAGUAAAACCCUGCCAGCCCCAGUGCCUAUCCAUCCUUCCCUCCAGCUCACCAACUACUCCUUUCUGCAAGCAUUCAACGGGCUGCCUGCCGUGCCCUCUGACCACCUCUCCAACCUCUAUGGCUUCAGUGCCCUGCACGCCGUGCACCUGCACCAGUGGACUCUGGGCUACCCGGCCAUGCAUCUGCCCCGCUCCUCCUUCUCCAAAGUGCCCAGCGUCUCGAGCCUGGUGGAUGCACGGUUCCAACUGCCGACCUUCCCACUCUUCCCACAUGUCAUCCAGCCCAAGCAAGAGGCUGCCAACAUGACCCUCAAAGCCAAACCCCGCUUUGACUUUGCCAACUUAGCAGUGGCUGCCACACAAGAGGACCAUUCUAAACUGGGACAGGCAGACAGUCAGGGCUCACCUGCAGGGCUGGGGUCUUUGCUCGAGGUGACUAAACUCUCUCCGGAAAAGAAACCCACAAGGGGAAGGUUACCGUCCAAAACCAAGAAGGAGUUUGUGUGCAAAUUCUGCGGUAGGCACUUCACCAAGUCCUACAACCUUUUGAUCCAUGAAAGAACCCACACCGACGAACGGCCCUACACAUGUGAUAUUUGUCACAAGGCUUUCAGAAGACAGGAUCACCUGAGGGAUCACAGAUAUAUCCAUUCUAAAGAAAAGCCUUUUAAGUGUCAAGAAUGUGGGAAAGGAUUUUGCCAGUCCAGAACACUAGCGGUCCACAAGACACUGCACACGCAAGUAAAGGAACUGAAACCCGCCAAACUUAAGUGUUGAAUCUCCAACUUCUAUGAACUUUUCCUCCCCUUCAGACUUCAUGCCAAAACUAGAGCAGAAACAAAACUUUCAGGAUGAGAGCACUGGACUUUGUGCUUUGUUUUUGUUUCUACUUUAAAAAGGGCAAAAUCUGCACCCCUUCAAUCCCCCAUCCAAGCAAUCAACUUCCUAAGUCGUGGGUGAAAAGAUUGUUUUGCAUUUAAAAUAUAUGUGAAUGAUACAGAGAGUGCUAGCUGACUUGUGUGGCUUUGAUAAACUUUAUGCCAAAAGGUGGUGCUCACGUCUUGGACAGGAAUAUCUUUAAAACCAAACAAAAACUCACAACUCACCCCCGACCAACCCCCCCCACACAUACCCACCCCCCAAAAAACAAACCAAAAUAGUAUCUUCCAAAAAUAUUACUUAAGAAAAUCCAAACUCUUAUUUUAUACUUUUUUUUUUGACUGUAUAAAGCUUCUUACUUUUACACUUCAGGAAAUACAAAGAAUUCCAGAAGACGAUUAAGAACUGAAACGGUGGUUUCUCAUCACAGCACCAUUAAGACAAGCAGAGGGUCAACUUGCAAAUCUCAUUUGCUAGUUUGUUUUCAGAAAAGGAGAAGAAAAUUAAUGUUUGGAAAUGACCUAAGUCUCUCAAGUGGGGAGUCCUACCAUGUGUUAGAAAAUGCAUCCAGAUCUCAGACCCAUGGGUUCCGGGUGUUGGGACAGAUCAGUGUUCACAGGACAUGGAGACCUUUUUUAUUACCUUGUGGUCUAGUGUGCUGUGAGGAAGUUUGUAACUUCUGGACUUAUUUAAAAUCCCAGAGGAAAGAAAGAUGGCAAUACGUCAAACUGGUGGUAUGCACAACAUGGUUUUAGUGGUACUUAAAGUCUUCGUGUGUCCUGGUGUGAGAGAACAAAUCUCAACUUGAGAGCGUAUUUUUUUAAAUGCUGGCUUUCUGAACAGUGUAUUCAAAUUAAGAGACAUUCCAAUAUGUUCUGUUUAUUAAAAAAAAAAAAAAAAAAAAAAGAAAA